AUGACCCAACACGCAAGCCAACUGGCGGAGAAAUACACCCAGAGCCUGACUUCUAUUCUUGGAGAGUCCAAUCUGCGUAACCUCUUAGAGAGCCAUGUUAACAGAUCCAUGGACAGCAUCGACAACGUCAAUCCGGACGCUCUCGAUGGACUCAUAGGGGCAGUGUCCGAGCGAUCGGCCAUUGAAAUGAUAAAGAUGUUUCCAAGUUUGCUCCAGGAACGGAUACAAAGCCCGGCGAUUCGGAAUGCACCAAAGAUGGAUGAUGCUGGGCAUCCAGUAUCAAAGCCCACCUAUGGACCACCCCUCCGAGGGAGUGACCUAGGGUACUUCAAUAACAGAAACACCGAUUGGGGGUUGGAAACAAAACCCUCAUUCGACGGAUCUCAGGCUUCAACCUUGGUCCCCGAACGCCAGGAGCCACAUCAAGACCACCCAGGUCGUUAUUCCUCGAACAAUGAACCACCAAAGCGAGGUGUCGAGUUUUCCCAAUCACCUUUCUCUGCCGAGAGACCAGCGCCUACUCAACCACACCGAGGUGUUGAGAUAUCUAACGCACCGUUCGUUCCUGGGGGACCAACACAUACACAACCACUCCAAGGUGUCAGGUCUUCUAACCCCCCGUUCAUUUCAGGGAUAUCACCAACAUUUCAACCAAACCGAGGUGGUGUCGAGUCUUCUAAGCAACCUACUACUUCUAGGAUAUCACCGCGAGAAAAUUCAAAGCUCGGUUCCAUUUCAGAAUUGGCCGCACAGAACCCGGAAAGCAAACGCAAAAAGGCAGCCCAGAUGCAAGAGCCCGGCUCGACUGCCGUGGACCCAGCCGCAUCAUAUCCCAGAGGGCCGGAUGCAAAUGUUAAACGGCCCCAAAGGGAGUUACCCCCAACAUACAGUAGCCUUGGGCAGCCUUCAGCGAACUCUAUAAGCUCUUCAAUGCCGGCUCGGGAGCGUGACCAUGGAGCAUUCUCUUCCGAGACCAGACAUUCAAGAAUGCGCGAAGAGCCCCCUCUCAGCAGCCGGCCUGUGUCCCAAAAUGAGGAAAGACCGCUCACCCCAGACGGCGGAUCAUCCGAGUCCGAUCUCGAAGAGCGACCACUCACUCCUCUCUCGGACGAUUCGGAACAAACAUAUGCGGAAGUGACCAAUUCUCCGCAGAAAAGCCAAGAGUUCCUGACAAAGACGAUCAAGAAUAUCGGACUCACAGGGAUCUAUGGCGAGGACAACCCCAGGUUGCAGACCGUCGCCGCCAACGCUGCCGCCAGGGCGGCCGAUGUCUCAGCCCGAUAUGGACUACCGCCGAAAACCACCCUUGGAGCAAUCAAGCUCGCUCUGUACAACUUCGUGAUCCUCUGUGAUGAUAGCAAGUCAAUGAGAAGAGAAAAUCGGAUACCAGCAUUGCAAACCACUCUCAAGCGGGUCGUGGAAAUAGCGACAUUGUUCGAAGAUACCGGCAUUUCUAUCCGCUUCCUCAAUUAUACCCAGGAUUCGCGGCUCGACGACCUGAGACGGCCAGACGACAUUGUGCAGAAAGUCGCCAGUGUCCGAUGGCGAGGGAUCACGGAACUCGGGAGCAAGUUGCAUGACAAGAUCAUACGGCCCAUGAUCGUCGAGAAGGUGAGGCGGGGGACUUUUGAUACGCCCUUGAUUGUGGUCAUCAUCACCGACGGCGAGCCCUUUGGUGAAGAUCGCGAAACGCUGCGCGACAAGAUUCGACAGUGCAAACAGGACCUGUCGGGCACGAAUUUCGGCGACGGGUCUGUCGUCUUCAUCAUCUCCCGCGUCGGAAGCAGUGACAAAGCCCUGGGGUUUAUCAGCGAGCUCGAAAACAGUCCCGGACUGGAGCAGAUGGUGUAUUGUUCCCCCGACCGCCUGGACGAGAAGAUGGCCAUUUUGCAGCCCGCUGCCGGGAAUACCAAGUAUACCAAAUACGUGAGUUCUCUUUUCAUUCCCAACUGUAACCCCGAGAGAGAGAAAAAGCUGAAAACGAGGCUGACUUUUUUCGCCACGUUGGUGGGGAACAGUUGA